AUGAUUGCGGCCCAACUACUAGCCUACUACUUCACAGAACUCAAGGAUGACCAGGUUAAAAAGAUCGAUAAGUACCUGUACUCCAUGCGGUUCUCUGAUGAGACGCUGCUGGACAUCAUGCAGCGGUUUCGCAGGGAGCUGGUCAGUGGACUGGGUCGGGACACGAACCCCACCGCUUCACUGAAGAUGCUGCCGACGUUUGUGCGCUCGAUCCCUGACGGCUCAGAGAAGGGAGACUUCAUUGCGUUGGAUUUGGGAGGCAGUAACUUCAGGAUCCUGCGUGUCAGAGUAAGCCAUGAGAAAAAGCAGACUGUUCAGAUGGAGAGUCAAAUCUACGACACGCCAGAGGAUAUCAUGCAUGGCAGUGGAACAAAGCUGUUUGACCAUGUGGCGGAGUGUCUCGGCGACUUCAUGCAAAAACACAACAUCAAAGACAAAAAACUGCCAGUUGGGUUCACCUUCUCCUUCCCCUGCCAGCAGACCAAACUAGAUGAGGGCUACCUGAUAACAUGGACAAAGCGUUUUAAGGCCAGUGGAGUAGAGGGAAUGGAUGUUGUCAAGCUGCUCAAUAAAGCCAUCAAGAAACGAGGAGACUACGAUGCUGACAUCAUGGCAGUGGUCAAUGACACAGUGGGAACAAUGAUGACCUGUGGUUUUGACGACCAGCGUUGUGAAGUUGGCAUUAUCAUUGGUACAGGCACCAAUGCGUGCUACAUGGAGGAGCUGCGCCACAUCGACCUGGUGGAAGGAGACGAGGGCCGGAUGUGUGUAAACACUGAGUGGGGAGCCUUCGGAGACGACGGCAGGCUGGAAGACAUCAGGACAGAGUUCGACAGAGAGAUAGACAGAGGCUCCCUCAACCCUGGAAAACAGCUCUUUGAGAAGAUGGUCAGUGGUAUGUACAUGGGGGAGCUGGUUCGACUGAUCCUAGUGAAGAUGGCUAAAGAAGGCCUGCUGUUUGAGGGGAGGAUCACCCCUGAGCUGCUCACUAAAGGGAAGUUUGAGACCAAGCAUGUCUCAGCUAUUGAGAAGAGUAAAGAAGGGUUAAGUAAGGCCAAAGAAAUUCUAACCAGACUUGGUGUGGAGCCAUCGACUGACGACUGCAUUGCUGUGCAGCAUGUUUGUACCAUUGUGUCUUUCCGCUCUGCCAACCUGAUAGCUGCCACGCUGGGUGGCAUCCUCCUGAGGCUGAAGGAGAACAAAGGCGUGGCACGGCUCCGAACCACUGUGGGCAUCGAUGGGUCGCUCUACAAGAUGCACCCACAAUAUGCCCGUCGCCUCCAUAAGACAGUCCGCCGUCUGGUCCCAGACUCUGACGUCCGGUUCCUCCUAUCAGAGAGUGGCAGUGGGAAGGGUGCUGCCAUGGUAACGGCUGUCGCCUACCGACUGGCCGACCAGUCACGACAAAUCGCCCAGACGCUGAGCGAAUUCCGCCUGACGACCGAGCAACUACUGGAGGUAAAGAAGCGAAUGAAGACAGAGAUCCAAAACGGCCUGUCAAAGAGCACUCAGGACUCUGCCACUGUCAAGAUGCUGCCAACGUUUGUACGAAGCACACCCGAUGGCACAGAGAAUGGAGAUUUCCUAGCUUUGGAUUUAGGAGGGACUAAUUUCAGAGUGUUGAUGGUCAAGAUUCGCUCUGGCAAGAGGAGGACAGUGGAGAUGCACAACAAGAUCUAUGCCAUUCCUCUGGAAGUCAUGCAGGGGACAGGAGAGGAGCUGUUUGACCAUAUAGUGCAGUGCAUCAGUGACUUCCUGGACUACAUGGGGAUGAAGAAUGCUCGUCUUCCUCUUGGCUUCACCUUCUCUUUCCCCUGCCGACAAACCAGCCUGGACGCUGGUAUCCUGGUGACGUGGACCAAAGGCUUCAAGGCGACAGACUGUGAGGGAGAGGAUGUGGUGGGACUGCUGAGGGAGGCUAUCAAGAGGAGAGAGGAGUUUGACCUGGAUGUUGUGGCCAUAGUCAACGAUACAGUGGGAACCAUGAUGACCUGUGCCUAUGAAGAGCCUACCUGUGAGAUUGGACUCAUCGCUGGUACUGGUAGUAAUGCAUGUUACAUGGAGGAAAUGAGGAACAUUGAAAUGAUUGAGGGAGAUGAGGGACGCAUGUGUGUCAACAUGGAGUGGGGGGCUUUCGGAGACAACGGUUGCCUUGAUGACAUCAGGACAGAGUACGACCGAUCUGUGGAUGACUUCUCCCUCAAUCCAGGCAAACAAAGAUAUGAGAAAAUGUGCAGCGGCAUGUAUCUUGGUGAAAUUGUGCGGAACAUCCUGAUAGAUCUGACCAAGAAAGGCUUCCUGUUCAGAGGACAGAUCUCCGAGACACUGAAGACAAGAGGCAUCUUUGAGACAAAGUACCUCUCACAGAUAGAGAGUGACAGACUGGCUUUACUGCAAGUGAGAUCUAUCCUGCAACACCUGGGGCUGGACAGCACCUGCGAUGACAGUAUCAUAGUCAAAGAGGUAUGUGGAGCUGUAUCACGUCGUGCAGCUCAGCUGUGUGGGGCAGGAAUGGCGGCUGUGGUGGAUAAAAUCAGAGAGAACCGGGGACUGGACCAUCUGAACAUCACUGUAGGGGUGGACGGGACUCUCUACAAGCUACAUCCACAUUUCUCACGCAUCAUGCACCAGACGGUAGACGAACUGGCUCCUCAGUGUAACGUCAACUUCUUGUUGUCAGAGGACGGCAGUGGGAAAGGAGCUGCUCUCAUCACAGCUGUGGGCUGCCGGCUGAGAGUGGAGCAGAACAACAAAUAGAAUCUAUAUCUCUUCUGUCUUACUGUUAUCUCCCCCUAUCUCUGCUUUCCUCCUCACCUCCCCUCUGUUCUCUCCUCCUCUCUCCUACGCCCCCUCUCCUGAGCCCACAAAUCAGCCCAGUCCAGAUUUAAACCUAUCACACUCCAGUAGCUGCUUUAGCUAGCGUACGUGAGAAAGGGAAGGAGAGAUUGCUUUGGCUCCUGUGUUAAGGAACAGAGCCAGGCACUAUGUUGUUAGUAAAAUGAAGUUUUGUUAGCCAAUGUAACAAUACACAGUUUCUUGUGAAUUUUUCAGUUUUGUGAUUUCUGAGGUUAAACUUACAGAGGUAAAACAUGCACAUUCAUCUUCUGUGAGCUGGUGCAGGACAUCAAAGAAAGAGUCCAUACACUCCUACAAUACUCCCAUGAGGUGUUUCUCUUUGCCAUCUGGAGGAUCCCUAUGAUGACCUAAGUGCAAUAACUUGUAGAGGUUGUGGUCCUAGUGUGUUAAAUUGAGGUGAAAAGAUUUAUGCAGUGAAAGUGCAGGGAUUUUACAGUUGGUUGCAAAAUGCAACGCUUGCAAAAAAAAAAAAGAAAAAAAAAAGAAAGAAAAAAGUUGCAAAAAUACAUUUGAUUCUUGCAAUACCUCUAGUCACUGGAGGGACUUAACUACACUGCUUUAGACCAAAGUCACCACCAGUCUGUCUAUCCGUCUGUCUGUUGUAGGAUACUCAUAGUGUGUACAACAAGAUAUAAAAGAGACAUGAGAAGAUAUAAAAAAAUAUGUCUAAUGAGAUAAAAGGGAAUAUUUUUGCUUUAAAAUGUAUAAUAUCUCACACAGGUAUAACACAACAUACAAUAUAUAGAUGAUUGCUAUUUAUUUUAUUUUUGUAUUGGGUCAAUGUUGGGAUUGUUACUGUUGCAAUAAUGACAUACACAGAGGCGGCCACUGUUUAAGUCCCCUCAACCUCAGCCUGUCCUGCCCUGGAGGAUUUACCAGACCUCUCCUCUCAGAGGUGGAGCAAUAGUUUGGCACUCGGGCACAAGCAAGACGAAAGAGGGACUUCUACUAGGGCUCAAUCUGUAUGGAAAGCCAUGCGACACGACUUGUUGAAUGUGCAGAUUGGGUGUUAUUUGUAACAGCAAUUUUAUUCUGCUCUAGUGUACUCUACUGUAAAAUAUGUCCAAAGAGCACUUUUUAUUUUAACAAGUAGAAUCCUGGAGGUGUCUGUAAUCAGAGACACUGGUACUAGGUAGAUUCUGGCCAGGUUACAUUAAUGACGGUAUCGUCUUAACAAGUGCUGGCUGCAGAGAUGUAACAGUGGCCCUCCGUAACAUCACCAUGGUGAGGUGAAACGGCAUUUUUAAGAUCAACAGUUACUGAGCAAACAACAAUAUCCAAACUGUAUUAUAAUGUAUGUCACUUGUAGGAGUAUUACAGAAGCCUAAACCUUAAGAAGAAUAUAAACAUUUUGACAAGAAAGUGGCUCCCUAUAUUUACACAGAGGCAGUCCUCCCAAAUGCUGGGGAGAGAUUCAGCCUAAUUGUAGCUAAUUCAUUGCCCUGCCCAGGUGCUUUUUUUGCCACAUUAAUAUGUGUGGCCAUAUUUCACUUAAAUUCACAUUUUGUUUCCCUCAUUAACAAAAUCAAAUGAUCUAAUUAAGUAAAACAGUCCAGAUUAAAUACACUCAUGAAAAGACUGGUGAAUUCAUUUAUUUUAUCAGACAUUUUUUUUUUUUUUUUUUUAAUUUUUGAAGCAUUGCCUGAAUUCCUAGGCUAGAAGACUCAUGCUUCAAACUAGAAGAAAAGAAGUUUUAUUCUGUGACCUGGGGUGAUCCUGUUAACUUGUUAUGGUGCCCCGGUAGGUCAAAGGAGCUCACAGGCCUGUGAACUUCAUGGUGCAGGGAUAGAUCUUUGAGACACUAGAUUGUUGGGGUUAUUUCACUGCCAUCUCCAUGUAGCCACAAUUGAAAUUCUGGCUACUGAGGACAAGAUAGCACCACUCCACUCUAAAACUACUGACUAAUGAUUAGAUAGCACAAAAGUGAAAUUUCCAUUUCUAGUUUGUCCUCAAACAGUCAGGCUUAAGAAAAUAAGCCUCCCUCUCUAGCAGGUCCCAGGCUAAUUUGCCUUUUUAACCACACAUAGCUUUUCUUCAGAGUACUCAGUCCAAAGGUGCACCCAUCACACACACCCACACACACACACACACAUGGACACACACGUCUUUUUGCUCACAACCCUCAGACUGUAUCUAUCCAACACUGUCAAUCAAUCAACGAAUAAAAACAAGCCUGUGUCAA